AAGCCCGAAAAAACGAACUUCUCCUGAAACACUCACAAAGUUUGCAAAGCGCAAAAACUACCCACUUGCAGCCCUCCCUCUCUCCGAUCCCUCACAGAGGCUUUAGAGGUGAUACCGCCUUGGCAACGCAGGGACAAGGUACCACCGCGCAAGGAAAAGUAAGAGGAAUGCGACCGGUGUUGCUGUACUGUAUUGUUACAAAGAGGGAGGUUUUAAACUUGAUAGUCCUCCAGGACGUGGGAUAUUCUCUUCUGCGGUUUGCUAAAGAGCAAACAUGAAACCUCAGCUAUUUACCUUAGACUUAGUACUCUUGUGCAUAUCUUGCGGAGCAAGUGCACUGGCAGUGACUAUUCCUGUUGUGUCCACGUCCCCGCCAGCCGCCAAUAUCACCAGCCUUGGCGCAGCGCUCGACUUUGGAACAGACACUGUGACUUUUUCAAAAACCAGGAGGAAGCGGUACAUUAGUCAGAACGACAUGCUCGCAAUUCUUGAUUACCACAACAAAGUGAGAGGCAAAGUGUUUCCUCCGGCAUCCAAUAUGGAAUACAUGGUGUGGGACGACACACUGGCAAAGACGGCCGAGGACUGGGCUCAUGCCUGCCUGUGGGAGCAUGGGCCGCCUCACCUCCUCAGGUUCCUGGGUCAAAACCUCUCAGUCAGGACAGGACGAUAUCGAUCCAUUCUUCAGCUGGUGAAGCCGUGGUAUGAUGAGGUGAAAGAUUACGCCUUCCCCUACCCCCGUGACUGCAACCCUCGGUGCCCACUCAGAUGCUACGGACCCAUGUGUACCCAUUACACACAGAUGGUCUGGGCAACAUCCAACAAAGUCGGCUGUGCCGUGCACACGUGCCACAACAUGAAUGUGUGGGGUGCGGUGUGGAAGAGGGCGACAUAUUUAGUUUGUAACUACUCUCCUAAGGGUAACUGGAUCGGAGAGGCUCCCUACAAAGUAGGCGUACCCUGCUCCGCAUGCCCUCCCAGCUACGGGGGCUCGUGCAGCAACAACAUGUGCUUCCCCGCUCUCAAAACAAACUACCUGCACUGGUUCAAAUAAACAAAGGUUUCCUCUCAACAUAAGCUGACAACCUACAGUACCACAGAGACAUUAUUUUAAUCCAGUAAGGAUUUGCACAAUAGUCGUGGACCACGCUAAUUUGUAUAUAUGGGCUUAUUUAAAGACAGAAACAUGCAUUUAAAGGCAGCGUAAAAUUUUAGCUUUGAUCACUUGUAAAUAAUCUGUAAAUUAAUUUGUUUUAUACCAAAACUGCAAAGACUAUUUUAACUGAUGCAAUAUAUUUAAAUGUAAAAUGGGUCCUUUUAACAGCGCAGACUGUUCAGUGUGUGGUUUUUACUAUACCAGUUUACAGCUGACAGUGUGGUAACAAAGGACAUUACUACCAUCACAACUCCUCAUAGCUGCUCACUUUGGUGCUACGGGCAUCACACCACCAUGCUGUGUGCUCUGCCUUCACAGGAAUGCUCUGAUAUAAGGAUCAAAGCUUUUGACCUCAGAGGGGAAACCCCCCACACUGACAGUGUCAGCAGCUUAUAAGCUCAAGUGUGCUGCAGUUCCAGCUUGUGUCCGGCAGCAAGUUUGUUGACAAAAGUGCAGAAUAUACAUCAGUUAGAGUGGGAAAGCAACUUGUCAAGUUACACAACACCUCAGUGGUUGGACGUUUGUUUAAAGUGCAAAACAAUGCAUUUUCUCUGUGUACCAUUACAGAGACUUCAUGCGUUUGGGCGUUUCACAGGUUUCAUACAGUGUUCAUGUCAUUUUGUAUUCUAAGAAGCACAUAAAAUCAUUUGACCCACAUAUCUGUUAUGUAGUCAUAUUUGUUAUGGAGACUAUUGGUAUCCUACUGUAUAUUACCACUAUAUACAGUCUAUUGAUGUUGUUUAUGUAUUUCGUUAUAAUCACUGAUGUAGCCAAGCUUUAGGCACUUGAGUGCACCUUAAUUGUUUGUAAAUUUCCAAAAUACUCAAAAAUUAUUAUUUUUUUGUAUAUGUAGAUAAUCAUUAUACUUUGAUUAUCUUCAAAUAUACUGUAAGUUAUUCAUUUUUAUAUUAAAUAUAUAUAUAUAUAUAUUUAAGUGAUAUUAAUUUUUGUUUUGUAAAAGGAUUGGAGUGCAAUGAAAUCAUUUUUAAUCAAUCAGGAAAAAAAGAGUUAAAAAAACAAAAGAAAUUAACAUUUUCAGCACUGAUUGUGAACCUUUUCUCCGUUUGUGUUUUGUACUUGUAAUAAAAUGUUCUAUUUUGAUUGUUUGUUUGUUCCGUUGUAUGUUUUGGACAGCUCAUGUCGUCCCUCUGGCUAAAAGCAGUAUCAUUAUCCAGCGUCUGCUCUGUGUUGUCUUAAAUUGAUUAUCUUUCUGACUCUUUGAUUCUCAAUUAAAGAGUGCCCUUGAAAAGCCCCACAUCCUGCGUAUCAACAGCAAAAACGAGGAGAAAAGAAAACAUCUUCAGGCUACAACCGAAUCCUAAUAAGAGAAGGUUGACUUUGGCCCCGACGGUCUGUGUCUACAUAAAUGAACAGAUAACUGAUAGGGUUUCAGGGGACUGUCAUGUUUGGGUUUCUCCACUGAAACCAUCGACCUUACUGAGGGGGAGAAGCAAGGAGCAGCAAGAAUGCUGGAUGUAGAAAGAGGCAUAUCAUCGGAGACGUAGCCAAAUUGUAAGAAUGGGAUGGUCUAAACAGUGGAUGCAGAAAAAUUUGUAAGAGGUAGAAACACAGGGAGAGAAGUCAGGAUGUAAAGACGCUGGUGUGCGCAGCAGCAUUGCACUAUUAAACACUUUCAUGAUAACCUUUGCUUAGCGUGACAAUUGCAAACCACUUCCUGCACAUUUUUGCAGCCAGAAAGAGCAGCCCAUUCCCUGGAACUAAACAGCAGAGAGUUUUUGAGGAACACAUUAGUAUGCAUGGGAAAAAAUCUUCCCGUCUGUGUAAAUGCCAGGUCCUGCGCCAAACAGAUGAUAGUGAGUGUUUAAAAAGUCACAUCAUCAGGAUGCGGAGCGCGAUGCGAUGACCAGUUAGACAGUCUGCUGUGGAUGUUAUCCAUCAAUGAUUGAAGCAGAGCAGAGGUUAAGGACAUGGGUUUGGGCUGGGAUGAAAGCAGCUUGUGAUGGCUCGAGGGCAUGAGCAAGAAAACACCUGCAAAUGAAGUGUAAAUUG